GACGUUGCCACUUCAUACAACAACCUGGGCAAUGUGUGUAGCAGUAAAGGUGAUUUUGAUCAGGCUAGUGAAUAUUAUCAACGGGCGCUAAAAAUUAAAUUGGAACAAUUAGGACCGAAUCAUACUGACGUUGCCACUUCAUACAACAGCCUGGGCAACGUUUGUAGCAGAAAAGGUGAUCUUGAUCAGGCUAAUGAAUAUUAUCAACAAGCGCUAAAAAUUAAAUUGGAACAAUUAAGACCGAAUCAUACUGACGUUGCGAGUUUAUACAACAACCUGAGCAAUGUGUGUAGCAGAAAAGGUUAUCUUGAUCAGGCUAAUGAAUAUUGUCAACAGGCGCUAAAAAUUAAAUUGGAACAAUUAGAACCGAAUCAUACUGACGUUGCCAUUUCAUACAACAGCCUGGGCAAUGUGUGUAGCAGAAAAGGUGAUCUUGAUCAGGCUAAUGAAUAUUAUCAACGGGCGCUAAAAAUUCAAUUGGAACAAUUAGGACCGAAUCAUACUGACGUUGCACUUCAUACAACAGCCUGGGCAAUGUUUGUAGCAGUAAAGGCCACUUCAUACAACAACCUGGGCAAUGUGUGUAGCAGAAAAGGUGAUCUUGAUCAGGCUAAUGAAUAUUAUCAACGGGCGCUAAAAAUUCAAUUGGAACAAUUAGGACCGAAUCAUACUGACGUUGCCACUUCAUACAACAGCCUGGGCAAUGUUUGUAGCAGUAAAGGUGAUUUUGAUCAGGCUAACGAAUAUUAUCAACGGGCGCUAAAAAUUCAAUUGGAACAAUUAGGACCAAAUCAUACUGACGUUGCCACUUCAUACAACAACCUAGGCAAUGUGUGUAGCAGUAAAGGUGAUUUUGAUCAGGCUAAUGAAUAUUAUCAACGGGCGCUAAAAAUUAAAUUGGAACAAUUAGGACCGAAUCAUACUGACGUUGCCACUUCAUACAACAACCUAGGCAAUGUGUGUAGCAGAAAAGGUGAUCUUGAUCAGGCUAAUGAAUAUUAUCAACGGGCGCUAAAAAUUCAAUUGGAACAAUUAGGACCGAAUCAUACUAACGUUGCCACUUCAUACAACAACCUGGGCAUUGUGUGUAGCAGAAAAGGUGAUCUCUAUCAGGCUAAUGAAUAUUAUCAACGGGCGCUAAAAAUUCAAUUGGAACAAUUAGGACCGAAUCAUACUGACGUUGCCACUUCAUACCACAGCCUGGGCAAUGUAUGUAGCAGAAAAGGUGAUCUUGAUCAAGCUAAUGAAUAUUUUCAACGGGCGCUAAAAAUUAAAUUGGAACAAUUAGGACCGAAUCAUACUGACGUUGCCACUUCAUACAACAGCCUGGGCAAUGUGUGUAGCAGAAAAGGUGAUCUUGAUCAGGCUAACGAAUAUUAUCAACGGGCGCUAAAAAUUCAAUUGGAACAAUUAGGACCGAAUCAUACUGACGUUGCCACUUCAUACAACAACCUGGGCAAUGUGUGUAGCAGUAAAGGUGAUUUUGAUCAGGCUAAUGAAUAUUAUCAACGGGCGCUAAAAAUUAAAUUGGAACAAUUAGGACCGAAUCAUACUGACGUUGCGAGUUUAUACAACAACCUGAGCAAAGUGUGUAGCAGAAAAGGUGAUCUUGAUCAGGCUAAUGAAUAUUGUCAACAGGCGCUAAAAAUUAAAUUGGAACAAUUAGAACCGAAUCAUACUGACGUUGCCAUUUCAUACAACAGCCUGGGCAAUGUGUGUAGCAGAAAAGGUGAUCUUGAUCAGGCUAAUGAAUAUUAUCAACGGGCGCUAAAAAUUCAAUUGGAACAAUUAGGACCGAAUCAUACUGACGUUGCCACUUCAUACAACAGCCUGGGCAAUGUUUGUAGCAGUAAAGGUGAUUUUGAUCAGGCUAACGAAUAUUAUCAACGGGCGCUAAAAAUUCAAUUGGAACAAUUAGGACCAAAUCAUACUGACGUUGCCGCUUCAUACAACAACCUGGGCAAUGUGUGUAGCAAUAAAGGUGAUUUUGAUCAGGCUAACGAAUAUUAUCAACGGGCGCUAAAAAUUAAAUUGGAACAAUUAGGACCGAAUCAUACUGACGUUGCCACUUCAUACAACAGCCUGGGCAACGUUUGUAGCAGAAAAGGUGAUCUUGAUCAGGCUAACGAAUAUUAUCAACGGGCGCUAAAAAUUCAAUUGGAACAAUUAGGACCGAAUCAUACUAACGUUGCCACUUCAUACAAUACCUGGGCAUGUGUGUAG